AUGAUUCCAACGGUGGACUCUGAAGAUAUUUCGCAGGUCACGUCAUUAAAAGAAAAACAUAAUCUAACUAGCGAUGUACGAGACUCAUCUGAAAAUUCUCAAGUGGCGAUACAAAGCAAUAACCGGGACAUAACUGUAAACAUGUUGAUUAAGGAGCUAGUUUUCUGCAUUGCCUUAGCGUUGACUACCUACGGAGCGCUUCACAAUACUCCAUCAAAAGUUUCUAAACACCCACAAGCAGUGAGAUUUUUUGACUCUGAAUCUGUUGUGACAGAUUGGUAUAGGGGACAACUUGCUAAUGCACUAGCAGCUGUCAACCUAGCAGAUGUAUCUUUUAUUAUGUAUUAUGCUCCAUGGGAUGCAGAGUCUCAACAUGUAAGAAGUGAAUUUGAAAAGGCAGCAAAUGUCCUUAAUGAUCGGGUUCAUUUUUCAGCUAUUAAUUGUUGGAACCCAGGCAGCGAAUGCAGAUUACAACACAACAAGAUACCUUCUUGGCCUAUUUUAAUGGCAUAUACGGUUAACUCAAGAGGAGUUCUUUAUAAAGGACCGAGGGAUGCACACCACAUGGUCCACUUUUUAGGAUUAGUAAUGAAGCCUUUGGAAAGAGUAUCUUCAACGGAAGACUUAGUUAACUUAUUAUCUAUUUAUGAUGCUGUGGCAGUAGCUUAUACACCAUUAACAGAUACUUCAAAAUAUUAUAAUGUAUGGUACAAUGUUGCACUAAAGUCACAUGAGUUUGACACAGUUGGUGAGAUAUGUUUUGCUGUUGUUACAUCAGCGGAACUUGCAGUGGACCUAGGUGUAGAGAGUUUGCCCAAUGCUCAACUCAUGCUCUGGAACGACACAAAGGAAUUUAAAACAGAAAAUGAAAACCGGUCAUGGAAUGAAUCAACUCUGAUGCAAUGGGUGUUGGAGAAUUUUUCACAGCCUGUAGCAAGAAUAAUACCAAUGUGGAAAAAGUCAUUCAGCUUUGAAAGAUAUGCCGAUGGUAGCCCAAUGUUAUUGCUCUUUACUCCCCUCAAUCCAAUGUAUGAGCAAUUACCUUCCUAUUCAUUGCUACGAGAAGUUGCCAUGGAAUAUUACAAUUGUAAAAAUAAUGACACCAACCAAUGGAUUGCAGAAUUGAUAAAACUACAGCAGGUGCAGAGACUUAUAUACCAGCAGAAAAACUUUUACAAGUUCUGUCAAGAGUACAAGGUUAAGAAACCCAUAAGGAAACAAAAAAAGAAUUUCUAUGAUAACUAUGAACAGUGUCAUUUGUUUGAAGAUAAUGAUAGCAAAAUAACUAAGAUGGAUACAGAUAAGGAAAACGUCGGAACGACGAUGCUGCCGCGCGAAGACGACCCCCUGUCGGCGGAGGGUCUAAUACAGGGGAAUGUGGAGCACCUCUGCCGAUUGAGCCGCUUCGCCGCUGAGCUGGGCCCGCCGAUAUCGCCCGCGAAAGUGACCGGUGGGAACAUAACGCACAUUGACGGCCUCUCGUGCACGGGCAACACCAGCCUCCACAUGAUCGCCGUAGACAGCGUGCAGAACCACCACUUCCCCGAGGCGCUGGGCAUAGACAUCGCGAGGGAGAAGGACAUGACCGCGGUCGUCAUACUGGACAGCAGGCACGGCAGCCAGUAUGUUCUCGCGGAGGAGUACAGCGCAAAAUCGAUAAGGGACUUUAUUUACAACUACACGCGCAACGAAUUGAGGCGGUCGCUGCGCACGCAGGUAGCGGACGCCGUGCACACACACUACUACGGGCUGAAUGACGUCAUCGGCGGCGAUGACGUCAUCGGCGUCGCCGAUCUCACAUCUCGAACGUUCCGGCGCUUCGUGACCGCUCCGGGCACGGUGAGCCUCGUGGCGGUGUGCGGGGGCUCGUGCGGCGCGCACGCGUCGCGCGCGCUUCUCGGCGCCGCGCGGCUGCUGUCGCGCUGCGGCGUGCCCGCCCGCGCCGCGCGCCUCGACGCCGCGCGCCACGACCUGCCCGCGCACCUCGACGCGCACCUCUACCCCGCGCUGCUCGUCUUCGUCGCGGACGGAAGCGGCGAGGCUGAUAGUCGCGUGUACCCGCUUUCCGAGCGCGUGAGUAGCGGCGGUCUGGUGGCGCUAGCUCUGCGCUCGCUCGGCGUCCCUCACCACUUGCGAGCCCGCGUCGCUCUCUGCUCCGCCACGUCAAAUAUAGAAAAGAAGGCGUGUUUGAGAGACAUAAGGGAACACAUCAGCAACUUAAUCGGCACGAACUUAAAAUAUUGGCGUCGAACUGACGUCAGAGAGCUUAAGGACUCUCUGUUGAGAAGACUGCAGCACUUAAAUCAGAUCUCUUUACACCUCAGCCUCCUACACAGCACUGAUCUCAAAGAGAACAACCUAAAACAAAAGUCCCUACUCGACGCCGUCGGAGCACUCGCGAAUGCGUGGCGAAUCGACGUAUCGGUUUUAAGAAAAAAUUCCACUACAACUAAUAGGACGAGA